AUGGAUUCUUUCGGGCAAGUACAUGGCACUCAGUUUGGCCCUCUCGUCCAGUCCAUCAUGUCUAUCUUUACUACAGUGCUUGUUCCAGCAGACGGCUACCGCCAUGUCCCUACACAUGCGCGGCCCUCGCCUCCAAGAACCGGUCUCACGUGCCCCAGACGCUAG